GCAAAGUUCAUUUAUAAGUGACCUGUCAUCUUCCGCUGCAACAGGUGAGGGCUGAGGCUCGACUUUCCAACUUCUCCAGACGUCCUCGCAAUUCUCCACAGUCCUGGAAGAGCUUUAAUCAUGGCCACAAACCUCCAAGAAAACAUAUAUGAACAAAUAGAAGAGACUAACGAAAACAUAUAUGAGAAGCCGUAUGAGAACAAGAACCCAGAGCCGAAAUAUGAGAAUCAAGGCACGAGUAAGGAAAUUCUAGAGGAACCGCUGUACAGCACGAUCAAUCAGCCGUCUCCAGACUAUAUGGAUACGAGAGGAACAUCUCAAGAGGAAGAAGAACAGCCUUCAUCCCCCAGUGAAUCAGGCGAACAGCUCGAAAGCGAGAUCAUGGUGGCCUCUCUCCCGAAUGGAGAUGUUUACGGAUCUUCAUCUUUUGAGGAAACUGUAGACCCAUGUGAUGACCAGCCCUCAUUGGUCCACGAUGACCUGCUCAUGGCUUACAGUCUCCCAGAAGACGGAUCUCCAGAACCUGAGGAGGUAGUUGACUACAGCCUGAAGGAUGUGGAGAACAGCGCCGUGGAAGAGCCAGCUGCAGUUCUCGACCCGAAUCAGCCUAAUAUUGCGCUUUUUGUCAAGGCUGGUUGUGAUGGCGAGAGCAUUGGAAACUGUCCAUUCUCCCAACGCCUCUUCAUGAUCCUCUGGCUCAAAGGUGUGGUCUUCAACGUCACCACUGUUGACCUGAAGAGGAAACCAGCUGAUUUGCACAAUUUGGCUCCAGGCACUCACCCUCCUUUCCUGACCUUCAACGGUGAGGUGAAGACAGACAUUAACAAGAUCGAGGAGUUUCUGGAGGAGGUUUUGGCACCACCAAAGUACCCCAAACUUGCAGCCAGGCACAGGGAGUCAAACACAGCUGGGAAUGACAUAUUUGCAAAGUUCUCCGCUUUCAUAAAAAACACUAAGCCAGAUGCGAAUGAAGCUCUGCAGAAGGGUUUGACAAAGGCACUCAUGAAGCUGGACGAGUACCUGAACAGUCCUUUGCCUGAUGAGGUAGAUGCUGACAGCAUGGAGGAGGAGAAGGCCUCCAACCGCAAGUUCCUGGACGGGAAUGAUCUGACUCUGGCAGACUGCAACCUGCUGCCAAAGCUCCACAUAGUGAAGGUCGUUGGCAAGAAAUAUCGGAACUACGACAUUCCAAAUGAUUUGACAGGCGUGUGGCGUUACCUGAACAAUGCGUAUGCACAAGAAGAGUUCACCAACACCUGUGCCGCCGACAACGAGAUCGAAUUGGCAUAUAAGGAUGUGGCGAAAAGGCUAACCAAGUAAACAGAUGAACAAAUUUAACACAGAUAGACUUGGGGGAGCUCAUGUCUUGGGGAAGAGAUGUUUUCCAUGUAAUUCAAAGCUGUUGAUCCCGAACUACAAGUUAGCAGUUUCAUUCAUCCAGGGUCCUGAUAAUCAAUAAGGACUGGUGCUCUGAUACAAUUAUGAAAUAUGAAUCCAAAAUAUCAGCUCAUAUUCACCAGCUCUCACUCAUCUCAUAUAAACAUUGUCCCAAGUGACUUUCUAUUCCAUCUCUAUUUAAAGAGACUUAACAUUACUGUUUUCUGUUGUUCUUCCUGUUGUAUUCUGUUUAUCAUAUCAUGCACUGAUUCUUGAGGCAUGGAACAAAAUGUCACGCAACUUUAAUUGCAUCAGAAUGAAUUAGAGAUUUGUGUCACUAGAAUAUUUACUAGAACACAUCAUCACCUUCUGUCAGCCCAAAACUUAAUUCCUCACAAAGAUUUAAAUAUACAUUAAACUUAUGAAAAAUCUGAAAAAUGAAUAUACAAAUGAUAAUCCAAAUAAUAUUUUGACGCAUACAUUACCGUUUAAAAUCUGAGGUUGAUACAAAUUUGCAAUGUCUCUUAUGCUCACUAAAGUGUUUAAUCAAAAAUACAGUAAAAACAGUAAUAUUUAAAAAACAUUACCCAUUUGAAUAUAUUUUAGUGAAAUUUCCAGUCUUCAGUGUCACACGCCCCUUCAGAAAUCUUAUAACAUUGCCAAAUAUUACUUAUUAUUAUCAGUGUUAAAACAGUAGUGCUGAUUAAUAUUAUUGUGGAAAUAAUUUAACAGCAUUUAUUUGAAAUAGAAAACUUUUGUAAGUCUUUACUGACACUUUUGAUCAAUUUAACGUAUCCUUGCAGAAUAAAAGUAUCAAUUUAAUAAAAAAUAAAAAAACUUCACAAACCACACUUUUAAAUGGUAUUACAAACUUUUAACUUUUUUUGUUUAACCUAUUUCAUCCCAGUACUCAAGAAUCGGUGCACCGCAUAACCUCUCUUAUUGUUUUCUAUCACUCAUACAUGACAGCUGUUUAAGCAUUUCAAAUCUGUAAGAAAUAUUCACUUUCAUCACCAAUCGUUUUACAAUAUCUGUCAAUAUUGCUUUCUGUUAUGUUUUUAUUAUUAUUUGUGUAUAAUGGAUAAAAAGAUCUCAUGUGAGCAGCAGGACCCCCCCGAAGGAGCACUCGUUUUUAAAUACAUAAUGAUUUAAUGAGGUGCUAAUUUAAUGUGCCUUCAUUAGAAGAAAUGCAGUGUGGCAAAUGCAGCAUAUUAUUGCUGUUAAUGAUCAUUUCUACAUGAAUAUCCUGCUCUUUUAAAGCUACUAGCAGAGUUUCCGCAAAUGGUUUAGAGAAAAUUCUCAUUUCUUCAUUGCCUCAUCAUGUAAUUUUCUUGUAAAAGUACAAGUUGUUCAGAUUUUCCUCUGUUAUUCCUCAUAACUCAUAUCAUUUUGUCUUCUCAUUUCGUUUUAGCUUAUCUCAAAGUGUUUAACAUCAAUCAAUGCUGGAUAUAUCAUACUUAAAUAUUUAUUCACAACCCUGUUUAUGGGAAAUGAACAAGCUAAGAUGGAAAGGAGAUUCACGACACACAGCGGUCCACCGAAAUGGAGAAUAAGGAAAUCUGAUCGGGCAUCCAUCCAGGUCUCCUCCUCUCCACUUAGCACUGCUGGAAUAUCAUAGGGCCCAUGAUAGGUCCUUGUGGAGCUCCUGCUCUUGUGUGGUUUGGAAAAGCGUUUGAUAUGAAAUGAGAGUGUGGCGCCAGAGAGGCCUAUUCCGAGUGAAGCUCUAUGAAUAAAAUAAUAUUUUCACAGUUUGACUUGCA